AAUGAACUUAAGUCUUGAGUUUGACAAUUUCCAACCGCAACCAACCAAAAGCAGGCAGAAAGAGCACAACAGACAGUUGUAAAAAAAUCUCGUCACUUUAUCCAAACAUGUGUCUGGGGAGUCUAUCCUAAAACUCUUCUUCCCUUUAAUUGGAAUCUCCCUGCAAGCAAUUUAAUCCAGACUAGCAAUAAGAGAUUAUGACACCAUUUCAGCUUGAGGGAAUCAUGACAAGUAGUACCAUCCACUCUGGUUUCCUCUCUCCACACUUCAUCCCUCUUUCCAACACCAGAAAACCAGUACUGUUACCUACCAAGACCGUUCAUUGUCUGCAGUGUCCUCCUCCUUCUUUCGUGUGCAACAUUUCUAGCAGCAAGAAAAGAGAGCCCAGAUUGCCAUCGGUAGCAGCAUCAGUCUGGUGCCCACCUCUAGACGUGGAUUGUCUAGAAAAUGAGUAUGGAAGCCAUGGAGUCUCGUUUUCUGGUAUCAGCAGUGGUGAUGAGAGUUGUAUGGUCAAGAUGACCAUGGAAAAUGGAAGUGUAGCUAAGCUGAUGCUUCCCAGCGGGCUCAUCACUUCAUAUAAGCCUUUAAUGUGGCAUGGAGCCACCAUGGAGUUACUGCACACCUCAGUCUCAGAAGGGGAAAAUGGUGAAGCACUUAUUCACGGUGGAGUUUCAUUAGACCUCAAGUUUGAUCUGAACGGGAUUUUAUGGUCUCCAAAAGCUUGGACUCUGCGUGGAGUUCAAGGAAGCUCUCUAGAAUUUAUUCAGGUAGAACUGAUAAGCCAAAAUGUAGAAGGCAACAUUGAAGUUAAACAGAUCAUAACACUCAAAGAAGAUGCUUUAUCCUCUGAAAUUCUAGUCUGCAACUCAAGUGAUUCAUCCCUCCAUUUCACGGGUGCAGUUAUAAGUCAUCUGACGGUGAGCACUCCAGAAGCAACUUAUGCAAUCGGACUAGAAGGAUCAGAUUUCUUUAGCAAGACUCCACUUUUGACAGAUUUUAGUCUUAUUCACCCCAGCUUUGGCAAGAUAGGAUCAAGGAAAGCAAGAGGUCUUAUGGACUUCACAGGAUUCUUUUCCGGCUGGGGUGUGGAUCGAGACAAUGAGAGAAUGAGAAAAGAGACAGAAGAAGGUCUGGAGGGAGAAGAAGAGGAUGGUUACAAAAAUUUGGCAGAGGAAAUGAGCAGAAUAUACACCAGCGCGCCUCGCGAUUUCACAGUCCUUGACAGGGGGAGGAGAAACUCAGUCCUGGUAGGGAGAAAUGGGUUCAAUGAACUUUACAUGUUCAGUCCAGGUUCAAGUCAUGAAUGGUAUGGCAAAUACUCUUAUAUAUGUGUAGGACAAGCGGCCCUGCUUCAACCUAUAACCUUGAGCUCCCAAAGUGAAUGGAGAGGCAAGCAGCGUUUAUGUAAUCCAAACCUCUGAGCGAGGCUCUAAAAAGUCUACUCCAGUGUACACAUAAAGGAAUGUCAUCAAACUCUGAACAGAAUUUGUGGAUCAGAAUAGAGAACAUUUAUCUUUACUACUGCAA